CGUUCAUGGUUGUCGCCGGGGUAGCGGUGUUGCUAGAGGAAGGAGGUGGGUCAGAGAGGGAGCGAUGCGGUAUGGUAUUAUCGGAGGAGUGGUCGUCCAUGGAUGAUGGAUGCGGGCGAUAUAGCCAAAAAGUGACGUUAGGCGAGCAUACUUGGACCGUCACGUGCACAGGGCUAGCACAGGCGUACUGCCGCGUACAAAAAAUUACUGGACAGCUUUACUUACAUCCGAGGUUGUCCUAUAGGCUGCGAAGGACAGAACAGAGAACAGAUGCUUGCGAAGAGUGACUAGUAGUUCUUGUAAUGGUCGACCUGCAUCGUCAUCUCAUCAGCGAUGACGACGACACUUUGCUCACUAACAUCAUCUGACCCCAUCUUCCGUGUCUUCUUGCCAGUCCUCGCUGCUCUCAUCCUCGCCCUCGCCCGCUUCGGCACCUCUCCCCGCAAAUCACACCCAGCCAUGACCCUUUCCGUCAGGUGGGGCCGUGAAAAGCUCCGUGUCCCCAUCCCCGCUCCCGAUACCAAACUCGGCACGCUCCGCGCCAUCCUCGCCGAGCAGACAGGCCUCCCGCCAACAUCAUUCAAGCUCAUCCAUGCUGGCGCCAUCAUGAAAGACGACAACGCUCCGCUCUCCGCCUACGGCCUCCGCAGCGGAAGCAGGAUCGCUCUUAUCGACGGCGGCGCCAACGCACACACUCUCGUCCCUCCACCAGCUGAAGAACCCGCGGCACAGACGAAGCCGACGACCGAGGAAGGCACGAUUGCCGUAAUCCGCGACGAGCUCAAGCAAGUGCAAGAUCGGAUUGUACCCGCUCUAGACGCGUUCCUCACAGUCAUUUCUCCUGCUCCACCUUCCGCCUCGGCUCCUUCUUCGGCACCCGAAGGCGGCGUUCCUUCAUCCACGUCCACAGAGACUGCCGCUGCUCCUCAGCCAACCGUCCCCGCACCUCCUCCCUCUAGUUUCCUACCAGACGUCGAGGCUGAGCAUCGACGACUCGGCGAAGAGCUCCUCCAAUCUCUCCUGCGGCUCGACGUCCUCACUCUAGACGGCGCAUGGUCCUCAGCACGUACAGAGCGUAAAACCGCAGUAAAGACCGUCCAAGCCUUGUUAGACCGUCUAGAUGGCGGUUGGCGUGAACGAACAGAACGCCUCACCUCCACUCAGCAACAGCAAAAGGUCCAGUGAUCCAUUCGCUCGUUCGAAUCUAUUCUGGCUAGAACUUCGCGAGGUGUAUUUAUCUGGUUUGCAUGCAUGUCAUUUAUAUCCCGGUAAUUAUAAUUACUACAUAUAGAGUUUCUCUCUGUUUCUCUCCGGCGCCUACAUCUCAUCUAAUACCACCACAUGAACGGAAUCUGAGC